AUGCGGCUGCGAAAGUUAGCCCAGCAGAUCACCAGCUGCAAGCAGAUCAUUGAGAGAUCCUCAUCCCUCAUCACACAGGCCGAUCACACCCUCAAGGAGACAGACCACGCCCGCUUCCUGCAGACAGCCAAAAGCAUCAGCGAGAGGUGAGCGUUCAAGUCAACUGAUUGUUGUGAUAAUGCUCCACAAACAGUCUCAACUGACCUGAGUCCCAGGUUGUAAUAAGAUAAAUGUAAUGUAAAUUAUAUAUCGUUGUGUUUUAGAGUGUCCAUGGCAACAGCAUCCUCUCAGAUCCUGAUACCAGAGAUAAACCUGAAUGACUCCUUUGAUACGUUUGCGUUGGACUUCACAAGGGAAAAGAAGAUGCUGGAAAGCUUGGAUUACCUCACAGGUGAACUCUAUUCCACCUGUGAUCCAUCUUUUCAUUCAGAAUUAUAUUGAGAACAUAUCUAUAACUCGGGUCUAUCUGAAAUGGGACAUUCUGGUACAGUGCAAUUUCUCUGUUUAUCUAUUUUCUCCAGCAGUCAAAUAUAAAAACAGCUACACUAGGUUCUCAUGUCAGAAGUUAUGCGUCGUGUAAAUCAAAUCAAAUUGUAUUUGUCACAUGCUUCGUAAACAACAGGUGUAAACUAACAGUGAAAUGCUUACUUAUGGGUCCUUUUCCAACAAUGCAGAGUCAAAGACAAAAUAAAUACAUUGACUGUGGUCUCGACUGAGUAAUACCGCUGGUGCUUUGUAUAGUGCUUCCUUGGGACAACAAAAUGCUCACACGUUUAGAAGCUGCAAUUCGGGGUUCGUUUCACAGUUUAAUUAAUUGGAUUUUGAUUGUUCUGGUUUUUAGGGCAUUCUCCACUCUAGGGUAUGUAAUUUAACCAACACAAUGAAGUCACAGCCACCUGCAAGAGUGGACUAGAAUUUAUUUACCAACCCAAAAAUCCAACCCCUUUUGGUCAUAAGAAAAUAGUGAUUUUGUGUAAAUCCAAUGUACUGUAGUGAGUGUUAUGUCUACUGUUCAUCAUUGUUGUCCUUGAUAACUGACACACACCGGAGACGUGAAUAAAAACAACUACAUUUUUUCUAUUUGCAGCACCAAAUCCCCCAAUAAUCCGGGAGGAAUUAUGUACAUCGUCGUACGACACCAUCACCGUUCACUGGACGUCAGAUGACGAGUUCUGUGUCGUCUCCUAUGAACUUCAGUAUGCCAUCUUCACUGGACAAGCCAAUGUUGUCAGUAUGUACACAAAGCAUGUCUAGAGCGCCUCAGUACAGUAUGCCUGUUGUGGUGUAAACUGUUGAAAGCUAGACAAUCUGAGAGCAACCAUAAAUAAAGAGCCUCUUACUGUGAAUAGCUUUGGGGGCAUUAUUACAUUAUCCUGAUCAAAUAAAGCAUUUUUCAUUUCAGAAGUGGGGGGCAACAACCAUGCUUUCCUUUCAUUGGGUGAUAAGAUAAUAAUAAGGUAUCAGAGAUCUCUACUAGAGACUGAUCUAGGCCAGAGUAGAUCGUCUGAGUCGGACUGGAUUCCAAUCCAGAUGCAGAUUAUGGGCUGAAUAUUUUCCCCGUGGCUCAUGUAAGUGGCAGACUGUUGGAACAGAUCACCCUAGUAGGGUUGCAGCUCAAUCAAGCAAUUGGCCCUCUUCUGCCCCAGUGCCUGUUCAUACUAGAGUGAAUUGGUCAUGUAUAUUGUGUACGAUGGGUCACACAUUCCUAGAGAAAUAAGAGGUUAUGACAACACGGGGCGUUAGAACUACCACAUCUAGAUUUGACGACGACAAAGGAUUCAUUGGAGGUGUUCUUAUCUCAACGAACGUCUGUUACAUUGUGUCUUUGUUACAAUCCAGUGGUUGUAUUUCCUUUUAUUUUGCUGCUGAUUAACUGACUGACUGUGUCUGUGGUCUAGGUUUGUGUAACUCUGCUGAUAGCUGGAUGAUUGUGCCCAACAUCAAGCAGAACCACUACACAGUGCAUGGACUCCAGUGUGGCACCAAGUACAUCUUUAUGGUCAAAGCUAUCAACCAGGCAGGGAGUCGCAGCAGUGUGCCUGGGAAGCUCAAGACCAACAGUAUGUCAGCGUUUCCAAUAGCUGUACCGUACUGACAUCGUUAAGCGUCUUUGGAGAUAUUGACAUAUGGAGAUAUUUACCAUUGUUUACUGUUAAAUUAUAAACUGGGUGGUUCGAUCCCUGAAUGCUGAUUGGCUGAAAGCCGUGGUAUAUCAGACCGUAUACCAUGGGUAUGACAAAACAUUAGUUUUUACUGCUCUAAUUACGUUGGUAACCAGUUUAUAAUAGCAAUAAGGCAGCUCUGGGGUUUCUGAUAUAUGGCCAAUAUACCACGGCUAAGGGCUGUGUCCAGGCACUCCACGUUGCAUCGUGCUUAAGAACAGCCCUUAGCUGUGGUACAGUGCCUUCGGAAAGUAUUCAGACCCGUUUACUUUUUCAACAUUUUGUUAUGUUACAGCCUUAUUCUAAAAUGAAUUAAAUACAUCUAAAAUCUCAGCAAUCUACACACAAUACCCCAUAAUGACAAACCGAAAACAGGUUUUUAGAAUUUUUGGCAAAUAUAUAUAUAUAUAUAUAUAUAUAUAUAUAUAUAUAUAUAUAUAUAUAUAUAUAUAUAUACAGUGAGGGAAAAAAGUAUUUGAUCCCCUGCUGAUUUUGUACGUUUGCCCACUGAAAAAGAAAUGAUCAGUCUAUAAUUUUAAUGGUAGGUUUAUUUGAACAGUGAGAGACAGAAUAACAACAAAGAAAUCCAGAAAAACGCAUGUCAAAAAUGUUAUAAAUUGAUUUGCAUUUUAAUGAGGGAAAUAAGUAUUUGACCCCUCUGCAAAACAUGACUUAAUACUUGGUGGCAAAACCCUUGUUGGCAAUCACAGAGGUCAGACGUUUCUUGUAGUUGGCCACCAGGUUUGCACACAUCUCAGGAGGGAUUUUGUCCCACUCCUCUUUGCAGAUCUUCUCCAAGUCAUUAAGGUUUCGAGGCUGACGUUUGGCAACUCGAACCUUCAGCUCCCUCCACAGAUUUUCUAUGGGAUUAAGGUCUGGAGACUGGCUAGGCCACUCCAGGACCUUAAUGUGCUUCUUCUCGAGCCACUCCUUUGUUGCCUUGGCCGUGUGUUUUGGGUCAUUGUCAUGCUGGAAUACCCAUCCACGACCCAUUUUCAAUGCCCUGGCUGAGGGAAGGAGGUUCUCACCCAAGAUUAGACGGUACAUGGCCCCGUCCAUCGUCCCUUUGAUGCAGAGAAGUUGUCCUGUCCCCUUAGCAGAAAAACACCCCCAAAGCAUAAUGUUUCCACCUCCAUGUUUGACGGUGGGGAUGGUGUUCUUGGGGUCAUAGGCAGCAUUCCUCCUCCUCCAAACACGGCGAGUUGAGUUGAUGCCAAAGAGCUCAAUUUUGGUCUCAUCUGACCACAACACUUUCACCCAGUUCUCCUCUGAAUCAUUCAGAUGUUCAUUGGCAAACUUCAGACGGGCCUGUAUAUGUGCUUUCUUGAGCAGGGGGACCUUGCGGGCGCUGCAGGAUUUCAGUCCUUCACGGCGUACUGUGUUAGCAAUUGUUUUCUUGGUGACUAUGGUCCCAGCUGCCUUGAGAUCAUUGACAAGAUCCUCCCGUGUAGUUCUGGGCUGAUUCCUCACCGUUCUCAUGAUCAUUGCAACUCCACGAGGUGAGAUCUUGCAUGGAGCCCCAGGCCGAGGGAGAUUGACAGUUCUUUUGUGUUUCUUCCAUUUGCGAAUAAUCGCACCAACUGUUGUCACCUUCUCACCAAGCUGCUUGGCGAUGGUCUUGUAGCCCAUUCCAGCCUUGUGUAGGUCUACAAUCUUGUCCCUGACAUCCUUGGAGAGUUAUUUGGUCUUGGCCAUGGUGGAGAGUUUGGAAUCUGAUUGAUUGAUUGCUUCUGUGGACAGGUGCCUUUUAUACAGGUAACAAGCUGAGAUUAGGAGCACUCCCUUUAAGAGUGUGCUCCUAUUCUCAGCUCGUUACCUGUAUAAAAUACACCUGGGAGCCAGAAAUCUUUCUGAUUGAGAGGGGGUCAAAUACUUAUUUCCCUCAUUAAAAUGCAAAUCAAUUUAUAAAAUUUUUUACAUGCAUUUUUCUGGAUUUCUUUGUUGUUAUUCUGUCUCUCACUGUUCAAAUAAACCCACCAUUAAAAUUAUAGACUGAUCAUGUCUUUGUCAGUGGGCAAACAUACAAAAUCAGCAGGGGAUCAAAUACUUUUUUCCCUCACUGUAUAUAUAUAUAUAAAUAUAUAUAUAUGAAUUUGCUAUGAGCUCAGGUGCAUCCUGUUUCCAUUGAUCAUCCUUGAGAUGUUUCCACAACUUCAUUGGAGUCUACCUGUGGUAAAUUCAAUUGAUUGGACAUGAUUUGGAAAGGCACACACCUGUCUAUAUAAGGUCUCACAGUUGACAGUGCACAUCAGAGCAAAAACCAAGCCAUGAGGUCGAAGGAAUUGUCUGUAGAGCGAGACAGGAUUGUGUCGAGGCACAGUUCUGGGGAAGGGUACCAAAAAAUAUCUGCAGCAUUGAAGGUCCCCAAGAACACAGUGUCAUCCAUAAUUCUUAAAUGGAAGAAGUUUGGAGUUGGCGCACCUAAAGACUCUCAGACCAUCAGAAACAAGAUUGUCUGGUCUGAUGAAACCAAGAUUGAACUCUUUGGCCUGAAUGCCAAGCGUCACGUCUGGAGGAAACCUUGCACCAUCCCUACGGUUAAGCAUGGUGGUGGCAGCAUCAUGCUGUGGGGUGUGCCAAGCUUGUAGCGUCAUACACAAGAAGACUCGAGGCUGUAAUCGCUGCCAAAGUUGCUUCAACAGUACUGAGUAAAGGGUCUGAAAACGUAUGUAAAUGUGAUAUUUCCGUUUUUUUAUUUUUUAUAAAUUUGCAAACAUUUUGAAAAAUCUGUUUUUGCUUUGUCAUUAUGGGGUAUUGUGUGUAGAUUGAUGAGGGAAAACUAUUUUAUCAAUUUUAGAAUAAGGUUGUAAUGUAACAAAAUGUGGAAGAAGUCAACGGGUCUGAAUACUUUCCGAGGGGUCUGAAUACUUUUGAAUUGGCCAUAUACCACACCCUCUCGGGCCUUAUUGCCUAAUUAAUCUAUGGUCAAUUCACAGGUCAGCCAUUCAAGUUGGACCCAAAGUCUGCUCACAAGAAGCUGAAGGUCUCCCAUGACAACCUGACGGUGGAGCGAGACGAGACGUCGUCCAAGAAGAGCCACACUCAGGACCGCUUCACCAGCCAGGGCAGCUACGGCGUCACAGGGAAUGUGUACAUCGACAGCGGGCGUCACUACUGGGAAGCCUUGAUAGGAGGGAGCACAUGGUAAGAAUAUGUACCUGUGGUGCCUGAGAUACGUCAGACUAGUACAUAUGGAGAGACAAGGGUGUGUGAGAUUCAGAUUGGGAGGUCCAAUCACAGUCUCUGUUACACUAUAAUAAACUCAAUCUUGAAAUCUAAAAUCUCUAGGACGCUAGGACUCCUGUCAUUUCCCACAGGUGCUAUUUGACCUCUAGUAGAGAGCCAUUAACAUUCAAUAUGCAUUUUUUCUAUCUUUCAUCAGGUUUGCUGUGGGCGUUGCUUACAGGUCAGCGCCAAAACAUGAGUGGAUCGGCAAGAACUCGGCCUCGUGGGUAUUAUCUCGAUGCAACAACUCCUGGGUAGUACGUCACAACAGCAAGGAGAUGCCCAUCGAGCCGUCCCCCCACCUGCGUCGCGUGGGGGUGUUGCUGGACUACGACGCUGGCUCCCUGGCCUUCUACGAUGGCGCCGGCUCACAGCACCUGUACACGUUCGACAUCGCCUUCGCCCAGCCAGUCUGUCCCGUGUUCAACGUGUGGAACAAGUGUCUGACUGUUCUCACGGGGCUGCCCAUCCCAGACCACCUCGAGGGGACAGACUGCCAGGAUUAA